AUGUCGAUUUUAGAAAAUAAGUCUCAUCCCUCUACUCGAAUUGAUCAAAUUGAACGCCUUCACAUUUCUUUUCUUGACGAUGCCCUUAUAAAAGCACGUAAAUAUCGAAAUACCGCACUUCAUUCUAACACAGCUACUAUCACCCCUUCCACUUCCAACUCACAUGUAGAAGCCUCUAUUCAACGAGGCGAUGUUAUUGAAUUUUACGGACCAGCCUCUGGUGGGAAAACUACUAUUUUAUAUCAUAUAGCCCUUACCACUAUCCUUCCACCAAGUUGGAAACGAACCUACGGUGAAAAUUUGGACAUAUAUGACAUAACAGAAGCUAAUACAACAAUCGAAUUGAAUGGACGUGGAAAAGGUGUUAUUUUCUUUGACAUGGAUGGAAAAUUUGACAUUCAACGUUUAUACUCGAUGAUGUUACAUUAUUUACAUAGACAAGUGGAAAUAACUUUGAAGGAAAAUAAGAUAUGGAACCCAACCGAAAGUGAAAUCGAGUCAAUUGCAAAGAACGCGUUAAAGAGAAUUCAAGUUUUCAAACCAAAUUCACCAGAAAGUUUUUAUGCGACUUUACUCGAUUUACCAAAAUAUAUGAAGGAAUUACAACAGAACGAAGGUUAUGAAAUCACCUUCUUAAUGAUUGAUCAAAUUAACGCGUUUUAUUGGGAAGAUAAAAAUUAUGAUGAGGUUGGUAUAAUCGCAAAUGAUACAUGGAAAAAUAACAAUGUUCAUUAUUAUGUUCAAGUGUUGAGGCAGAUAAUUGAGUUAACUGGUGUGACCAUUAUAACUACAAAUUGGGCAAUAACACCACCAGAGACUAUUGAUCGAAUUCCGCUCAACUUGCGCUAUCCGAUUGUUGCACAUUUAGCCUGGCAAUCAUUUGUUAAAUAUAGAUUUAUCAUAGAUAGACAAUUAGUCCCUCAGUAUAAUGUUUGUCGAGAAGAGGCUAAUAAUUUGAAAGUGGAUUUCUUGUCGAGAUCCCUUUUUUAUGGGAGAUUAACUACACCUAGCGAUAAUCCGAGUGAUGUUGACAUAUUUCAAUUUGGAAUUGAUGAAAAAGGAAUUUUAUUAGGUGAUGACCAUAAAUUAGUUGUCCUAGAAUUGAAUAAAGAGGAGGUCGUCUUAUAG